UCAUAAUGUCAGGAAAAAAAGUUUGUGUUGUUAUUGGUGUUGGUAAAGGAAUUGGUUCAUCAGUUGCUAAAAAAUUCGCCAAAGAAGGUUUCUUAGUUGCCUUAUGCUCAAGAAAUAAAGAAAAAUUAGAGCCAUUCGUUAAAGAAAUUACACAAGAAAAAGGUGAAGCAUUUUCAGUAGCAUUCGAUACAACCGAUGAAAAAUCAGUAAGUGAAGGUUUCAAAGAGAUCAAAGAUAAAAUCCAAAAUCGUCCAAUUGAUGUUUUAGUAUAUAAUGCCUCAUCACCAUUCAAGUUUGCACCAGUUCAAAAUAUUGUACCAAGUGAAUUUGAACAAUCAUUCAAAGCAACAUGUUUAGGUGCCCUUUUAUCAACUCAACAAGUUUUACCAUCAAUGCUUGAAAAUAAUAAAGGUACUAUCAUUUUUACUGGUGCUACUGCCUCAUUAAGGGGAGGUGCUAAUUUCGGUCAAUUUGCCAGUGGAAAAGCUGCUUUAAGAUCAUUGGCUCAAUCCUUAGCCAGAGAAGCCCAUCCAAAGGGUGUACACAUUUCCCAUGUUAUCAUUGAUGGUUUAGUUGAUAUCAACCGUGACUAUUCAAGCAGACCAAAAGAAACAUUUAUCGAUCCAGAUGAAGUUGCUAAAACAUAUUUCCAUUUACACGAUCAACACCCAAGUGCAUGGACCCACGAAUUAGAAGUUAGACCAUAUCUCGAAAAAUUCUAAAAAAAAAGGAUAAUAAUAAAAAAUUCAUGUAAUAUUUUAAAAU